UUGUGUUCAGGCCUGAGUCCUGUUGGACGGCCCCUGGGGGGUCAAGGGAGGAGCCAUGAGGACAGCCGGUCAGAUCCGACUGUUACUGUGGAAGAACUGGACCCAACGCAAGAGGCAAAAGGUCCGGUUCUUCAUGGAGAUCAUGUGGCCUGUGUUUCUGUUCAUCGGCCUGGUGUGGCUCCGAAGAGCUAACCCUCUUUACCGCCAACACGAAUGUCACUUUCCCAACAAGGCCAUGCCCUCCGCUGGAGUCCUGCCCUGGAUCCAGGGCAUCGUCUGCAAUGCCAACAACCCGUGUUUCCAGUACUCCACCCGUGGAGAGUCGCCCGGCCUGGUCUCCAACUACAACAACUCCAUCUUGGCCCGGUUCUACUCCGACGCCCAGGAGCUUCUGCUGUCCGACCCAGAGUUCCUUCAGCUGGGCCGGCUCUGGAGAGAGCUGACCACCAUGAGCACCUUCAUGGACACGCUGAGGACCAACCCAGAGCAGGUCGCAGGUCGAGGGGUGAAGGUGGAGGACAUACUGAAGGAUGAUGAGACUCUGACGUCCUAUCUCCUGAGAGACGUGCGGCUCACUGAGUCUGUGGUCUUCCAGCUGGUCAACGCUCAGAUCAGAGCAGAGGAGUUUGCGUUCGGCGUGCCCGACCUCCACCUGAAGGACAUCGCCUGCAGCCAGACCCUGCUGGAGCGCUUCCUCAUCUUCCCCGGCCGCUGGGGCGCCUACAUGGUCCACAACGCCAUGUGUGUCCUCACCCCCCAGAAACUGCAGACCAUCGAGGACAGACUCUACGCCAACGUGGACUUCUUUAAGCUCUUCCGCCUGGCCAGUGACUGA